CACCCAACACUUCAGUAAUUACACGAACAUAUGUUACUAGUAUUAUAUAUUAAUUAGGCGUACACGGUGGACUCUUCAGGCAUUAGCACUCGUGUUUAAAAUCUAAAACGUUUCGCUUUCCCUCAAGGUACUUUUAUCGCGCAACGGAGCUUUUAAUUUGAAAUCGUAUCAGAAUGACCAUUUCCUAGUACACAGUGUUGUUUCGCACAGUCUGUGUUGUGUGAUCACAGUCACAGACAACUGUUAUCAUCAUGUACUGAGAUUGUGUUUUGUUAUUGUCUGUCUACGGCAAGCAGAACUGCGAAAGAUGAAUUCACCUAAAAUCAAGCUAUUGAGUUGAGUCCAAACUUCUCAACUAUGUUCUGAGAAGAAAGCAUAUUUCAUCCAUUAUAGCCUCAUGGUCAUUUUACAGAAGAACAGCUGAAGUUUUAUCAGAGAGAUGUUUCUGCAUGCUGCUUAUAGUGGUGAUAUCUCACAACGUGUUUUAAUAGUCACGUCACCGGAAAAUAAGUCAUCAAGUGUUCCAAUGUGAGCCGGUGUCCUUACCUUACCAGUGCCAGAGCCCCUGUACACAAUAUACUGGCUUCCUCUCUUAAUUUCUUCUCUAUGAGAAUGGAUGGCAAUCAGUCAUUAAAGUCCAGUUUGAACUCCUCCUACGUUCCUCCUGAUAUCUCCUCCAUGCAUGAUGAAGAGGGUUCUGAGGGCGAGGACGUUGGGAGCGACGUCUCCCCUCUGCUUGGCCGGCACCACCUGGCGGCCCGUCACUCCCCGGAUGACUCCUACAAUAUGGUGUACAUCAUCUUUUUCCUGAUGGGUAUCGGCUCUCUGCUGCCCUGGAAUUUCUUUAUCACGGCCAAACACUACUGGCUGUACAAGCUGAGUAACAACACCAGCCCUGCAAGCCAUGAGGAAACUCACAAUGACCUCAGUGACUACUUUGAGAGUUAUCUUGCCAUCACUUCCACUGUUCCAUCAGUACUUUGUCUCAUCCUCAACUACCUCCUGGUUAACAGGUUUUCCUCUCAGGUCCGGAUCCUGGCGUCUCUGUUUUUGAUUUUGCUGGUGUUCGUGGUGACCACAGUGUUGGUGAAAGUGGACAUGUCUUGUUGUAGGAUGCAAUUCUUUGGGAUAACACUGGCCAGCGUAGCGCUGGUGAGCGGGGCGUCCAACAUCUUCUCUGGCAGUGUGUUUGGUAUCAGUGGCCACUUUCCUAUGAGGAUAUCUCAAGCACUCAUAUCAGGUCAGGCCAUGGGUGGCACUAUAAGCGCAUUGGCAUCUAUAAUGGAUCUGGCGGUGGCCAGUGAUGUGACCAACAGUGCACUCUUUUACUUCCUUACCGCCGACGUCUUCAUACUGAUCUGUAUCUGCACGUACCUGCUUCUGCCCAGACUGGAUUACUCACGGUACUAUAUGGAACAGGCUGCUACAUCAUGCAAUGAAUCUAACAGCCAAAACAGGAGCUCAGACUCUACAGCUGUAUCUGUGCCACCCCUCACACCCAUCCUUAAGAAGACCUGGGUGCUGGGCUUCUGCGUCUUCUACGUCUUCUUCAUCUCCAUCAUGAUUUUUCCCGCCGUAUCCUCUGGAAUCCAGUCGGUGAAUACAGACCCUAAAAACCCUUGGACUACCACGUACUUUGUGCCCCUCACUAGUUUUUUACUGUACAACGUAGCGGAUUUCUGCGGGCGUCAGACUACCGCCUGGCUCCAGGUGCCAGGCCCCACCAGCCGCGUGCUGCCAUUGUUGGUCAUCCUGAGAACCGUAUUGGUUCCACUGUUCGUAUGGUGCAACUAUCAGCCUCGGUACCAUCUACACAAUGUAUUAUUUGCAAAUGACAUCUUCCCUGUGAUAUUUGUUUGUUUGCUGGGGCUAUCUAAUGGGUAUCUGGGCACACUGCCUAUGAUCUAUGGGCCUAAAGUUGUGCCACGGGAGCUGGCUGAGCCGGCAGGCGUCGUCAUGUCUUUUUUCCUGACUCUUGGGUUAGCUGUCGGAUCGGCAGUUUCUGUAGGUCUUGUUCACUGUAUCUGAGUGCUGCUAAUGAUGAUAGUCAGCGAGAUAUUUGAAAAGUUGACACAGAUUUGAUCAUUUACACUACAGCACUCAAGCACAAUCUAUUGCAAAGAUUUUAUAAAUUACCUUUUUUAAUCAUUUUUUAUCUCACAGACAUUAAAUACAGAUUAGAAACAUGAAUGUACAAAGAUUAAAAAGUGUUAUAAAGCUAUUAUGCGUAACAACCCACAUGUAACACGUUCUCUACAAUUUAAAUCUGUGCCUUCAAUAUUAAAUGCAAGUAUUCAAAUUAACAGUGUGACUUGUGACAGUCAGGGACAAUGAUGUUUUUACUUUAAAUAGUAAAUACCUCAAGUUUCAGAUAUGAAAUAUUUUAUUGUUAUUUUUAGGACCAUUUUAUUGUCAUCUUAGAAAAAAACAUGAUUUUAGGCUCAGUUUUAUAUCUUUUUAUAAUAAAAAUUUGACCAGCAUUA